AUGCCUCUUCAAUCUUCAAGAUUUUCUGAUGCUUAUGAAGUUUAUGUUGAUUAUGGAAAAGGAAAACCAAUUAAAAUGAAUAAGAAUGAAGCAAUAUUUAUUGAUGUUGAAAAAUUUCUUAUUGAACAAAUUGAUCAAAAAACAAUGAUGACAAAUAAAAAAUUUUAUGAAAAUAAAUUAUCAAAUAAGAAUGUUUAUAAACAUGAUUUAAUGAUAAAUAAUGAAGAAUCUUUGAUAGGUAAAGUAAUUCGUCGUUCAAAUUAUUAUCAAUAUGGUCAAGAGAAUAUCAGUCCUCCAAUUUCUCGUAAUUAUCAAUCAACUUUUACACCCGAUAGUUCUCCUCGACAUUCAUCACAUUCAUCAUCAUCAACAUCAUCAUCUCGAACUGAACCCAAAAUAAUCUAUGAUGAUACAUGGUUAACAAAUAAACAAUAUAAUCCACGUAUAAAUGCAUUUCUUGAUUAUGUACAUGAUAGAUUUAAUGAUAAAACUAAACAAUUAUGUACGGAACGGAAAUCAACACGUACAAGUAUUGAUGAAAUAUCUCCAAGAUCUACGAUUUCGGAAAGAAUAUAUCCAAUAAUAAAGGAAAAAAACUUAUGUUUACAUAUUGCUGUUAAUGGUGUUUCGAAAUCUUUACGAGGACAAAUACCAUUAUCAAACUUAAAUAUAAAUAAUGGAGAUUUUGGUGAUGAUGCUGGAAUGUUUGUUGAUACUCGAAAUUCUUGUUUUGUUGGUCUAGCCGAUGGUGCUGGCGGGAAUCGUUCACUUGGAAUCAAUCCAGCUGAUUUUUCACAAGCUGUUCUAAGUGCUUGUCGAAAUCUUUUACGUAAACAUACUGUUCACUCAAAACAAUUACCAGCAUUGUUAUUAGCAGCUAUGGAUCAUGUUGAAGCAAGUGCAAUUCGAGGUAGUAGUACAUUAUGUUUACUUGCUUUGGAUAAACAAGAACAUACAUUAACAUCAUUAAAUAUUGGUGAUAGUGGAUUUGUUAUUUAUCGUAAUAAUGAAAUAUAUCGUCGAUCAACAAGUACAAUGAAUCCAAAUGGCGCUGGACCAAGACAAUUAUUUUCUCUUAAUGAUUCAUUAGGUUUACCUUGUUUUAUAAAUGAAAAUGAAAUAUUACGUGAUUGUUCAUUAGAUACAAUGAAAGUUCAAAAAGGUGAUGUUAUUAUUUUAUCUUCCGAUGGUUUAUGGGAUGUUAUCAAAACCGAUCAAUUACAACAGAUUAUCAAACGUAAUACAAAUAAUUAUCUUCAAAAUUUAGCUGAUGAUCUUCUUAAUCAAGCAGUUGAAGGAUAUAUUGUUGAUAGUCGAGAUGAUAUUUUAAUUAUAGCAUGCCGUGUUGAUGAAGUAUAA